AUGGCAGACCUAGAGGAAGCGAUCCGAGUAGGAAGAGAAAUCAUCGAUGCCACCCCGUCAGAUCAUCCGGACCGGGCUAGAUGGUUGAAUAACCUCGGAACUCAUCUAGGCGACAGAUACUCACGCACUGGAGCGAUGGCAGAUCUCGAGGAAGCUAUUAGAGUAGGACAAGAAGCCGUUGAUGCCACCUCUCUUGACCAUCCAGACCGGGUUAUUUUCCUGGACAACCUUGGACUCCGUCUAGGCGACAGAUAUUCACGCACAGGCGCAAUGGUAGACCUCGAGGAAGCCAUUCGCCUGGCGCGGGAAGCCAUCGAUGCCACCCCUCUUGACCAUCCGAACCGGAUUAUUUUCCUCGGCAACCUUGGACUCCGUCUAGGCGACAGAUACUCACGCACAGGCGCAAUGGCAGACCUCGAGGAAGCCAUCAAAGUAGGGCGAGAAGCCAUCGAUGCCACCCCGUCAGAUCAUCCGAACCGGGCUGGAUGGCUGAACAACCUCGGAAUUCGUCUAGGCGACAGAUACUCACGGACUGGAGCGAUGGCAGACCUCGAGGAAGCCAAGGAAUGCUUCCUCGCCGCCUUGCGUCACUCCGCCGCCGCUGUGGGCAACUCGGACAAGCGGCACCUCCUCUCCGCCGCUGUCGGACUGUCGUCGGACGCCGCAGCCAUUGCCCUUCAUGCCAACAGAGGCCCUGCUGCUGCUAUCGAACUGCUUGAGACUGGUCGUGGUGUCAUCGCCGGAGCUCUCUUCGAGCAAUCCGACAUUGCCGCUCUCGAACGCGCGCAUCCCGACCUGGCGCGUUCCUUUAUCGACCUGCGAGAUCAACUAGACGUGCCGCCGCUGGUGGACUCCCUCGCUACAGCUGAGCGCCCCACUGCGGCCGCAGAGACGGAAGGCGAUCGGCACCGCGAUGCUGGACCCCAGCUUGCCCGUCUUCUUGAGACAAUCCGUUCCAAGUCCGGUUUUGAGCGAUUCCUGCCCUCCGCAUCGGAAGCCGAUAUUCUGGAGGCUGCACGGCCCGGCCCGAUUGUCGUCCUAAAUGUGAGCUCGUAUCGCUGCGAUGCCUUGGUCAUUGAGCAGUCCGGCAUCCGACUGCUGGAGCUGCCACGCCUCUCCCGAGACGCCAUUAACGACCAUGUCCGGGAACUCAAAACUCUCGAUACGUUUGGAUGGCUCUGGGAUGACAUCGUCUGUCCUGUUCUUAAUGCUCUAGGCUUUACUGGGCCGCCGUCGGACAGUCAGUGGCCGCACCUGUGGUGGGUCCCCACUGGCACACUGACCCGGUUUCCACUCUAUGCGGCGGGACACCAUCUGAGGCGCACCGGCGAGACGGCGGUCGAUCAGGUCGUCUUAUCCUACGCCUCGUCCGUCAAGGCGAUCAUACAUAGUCGGCGACGGCCACAGCAAGCGCCGGCAGCCAAAGAGUCCCGAAAUGCCGUUGUCGUUGCCAUGCAGAACACGCCAAAACAGGAACCGCUCAAAUAUGCGAGCGACGAGGUUAAUGCUGUAGUGGCUGUGUGCGAGUCGAUGGGAUUGCCGCACGACCGGCCACGACCGCACAAGGCCGACGUGGCGUCGGCCUUGGAGGCCUGCAGGAUGUUCCACUUUGCCGGCCACGGCAGCACGCAUCCCACAGAACCGCUGCAGAGCCAGCUGCUCCUCGAUGACUGGGAUCGGGAGCCAUUCACGGUGGCGAGUCUCCUGGAGACCAAACUUACCUCGAAGCCGCCAUUCCUCGCCUACCUCUCGGCAUGUGGAACUGGUCAGAUCCUGACGGCUGGCGGGGUUCCGUCACGUGGUGGGCACGCUUUGGAGCGUCGAUGA